AUGGCAAAACUCCCGCGGACUGAAAAACUACAAGAAACUUGGCAAAUUUUGCUUGGUGAAGAAUAUGCCAUAAAAUCGCGAAAUAUUGUGAAUCCAAUGAUUUGUGCGUCGCAUAUCACACAGGUUUUUAUUCAAAAUGGUGUCAUUAUCAAAACUGGAAUGUAUCCCAAACCUUUGCCAUUUCGAAAUAAAGAAGUUGUUUGGUUGGAGAAAAAGGAGAACAUGCUUGUGAGUUAGAAAUGAAAAGUGUUCUUUUUUUUCAAACGUUACGUGUUGACCUCUUUAUUUUCUAAAUAAAUAGUGGAAUGAUUGACAAAUAUCUCAUUUCUACUUGCCCAAAAAAUUUGAACUUUCAAUAUUUUCAGGCUAUCCACGAGAAUCGUCCAAAACCAGUAGUUACAAAUAGAUCAAGUUGGAAUAGUUCAUCAAAAAGUUCCUAUACACAAGAAAAUGUCAAAUCAGAAGAAGUUAUCGAACCUGCAAAGUUGGAAGAAUCUAUUGAAUCAAUCAAUAAUACACAAAAAAGAGCUUCUGAAGUUGGAGGAAAUCAGGAUUGUCCGAUAAAAAAAGUGAAACUGGAACCAUCACCAGAAGUUGAAUAUUAUCAUACAAGUUCCCUAACUUUUCAAGAUUCAGAAGAAUCACCUGAAGUUAUAGAAAAUCUGAUAUAUUCUCCGAAAAUCGUUAAAUCAGAUCAAUACACAAGAAUCAUAGAAAUCUCAGAAGAAUCAGAAGCAAUCAACAUUUCAAUUGAACCAUCAGAUAUUAUCGAUCCAGAUGAGCCAAUUUAUAAAUGCACAUAUUGUUGUAAAAAACAGGUAUCUAUGACAAGAAUGCUGAAAAUUCCGGAAAACGCAGAAAUCUGGAAGGAACAUUUGGGCGAACAAUACACCAGAAAUCUACAGAAUCCCGAUUUUGCACCGUUUUUGAUAUGCAAAUUGCAUUUUCGUAGAGAUGUUUGCGGAAGAAUUGCGUAUGGUGAAAUACCGUGUCCUUAUAUGAGGAGCAGAGUUCAUCAACCGGUUUAUAGAGAUAAUGAAAUUGUUAGAGAAAGUUGGGAGGUGAGGCUUUAAGGAGGUCAAUUCGAAACGCGGCGCGUGUGCGUCGCGGUUUUAUAUACUGGAGAACUAGACUCUGAAUAUUAGUUAUGACGUCGCAAAGCGUGAAGAUUCGUGAUUUCAGAAAAAAGAAGAGUGUAACUGCGGAGUCUCGUUGGAAUUUGUGAAAAUUCUCUUCAAAAUUUGCCACGUCAUAACUCAUAUUCACAUCUAACAAAGUUGAUCAGUUUUUGACAUGAGCAGCUCUAAUCGCACGCGACGCACACGCAACGCACCACGUCAAAAUUUCAACACGUUGUUUUUGCAGCCUGGAAUGCUCGAACCAAUACGUUCGCCCAAAACGACUUGUGAUUUGUGUGGAAAAUGUCGAAAUAUAGGAGAAAUGCGGCAAACUCCGAAAUCCAAAGGGAUUCUUCUCGAAUUGGCCAAUUUUGCGCCCUCUUCGAAAUUUCUGCGAAAAGCGCAGAAAAACGCGGAAAUGUCGUUGUUUAUUUGCGCUGAACAUUUGGAGAAUUUUGAGGAAACGAAAAUAGUGGGAAAUGAGAAUUUUGAGGAAAUUGAGGAGAAAAUUAUAAUUGAAAAAAAACCUGAAAUUCAAGUGAAAAAAGAAGUAGUUGUUGAUGUGAAACAGGAGAUUUUUGAGGUUUUUUGGAAAUUUCCAGACAAAAUUUUGCAGGGACAAAUUUCAGGUCCAAGAGGAAAAUCCAGAGAUUUUGGAAGAUGGAGAAGUUCAAAAAGACGAAUUUUGUGAAAAAGAAAAAGUGAAGAGGAAAGUGAGUACGGUAGAAAUCGUGGCGAGACCUAAGGAAAAAAUGUUUCCGAAUUGUUCAGAAAAACAAAAAAUACAGUAUAUUAUUUUUGAUUAGAGACAAUGUGAAAUUGAGAGAGCGCAGACAAAAAAUUGAUUUUUUUUUUUCAAAUUUAAUUUGUUGUCUCUGCUCUCACCACACAUAGAAAAAAAUAAAACAUAUUUUGGGCCAAUACUGAAUGGGUCCCACUGAAAGGGACCGGUGUCAAAAAAAGGGACCGGUUUUAGUAGAGUCUGAAAGGGACGGAACAAUAGAAAAAUGAAUGACUGAAUGGGACCGAUAAAAUAAAGGGACCGGGAUAAGAAAAUAGGAAAAACUGAAAGGGACCGGGGAAAAAAGGGACCCGUUCAUUAUUUUUGAAAAUAAAAUAAUUCUGCUGAAUGGGACCGGAGUAAAAAAGGGACCCGAUUGCAUUUCAAUGAAAUCUGAAAGGGACCGGCAAACAAUUAUGAUAACUACUAUGAGUUCAAGUUAAUUUUUUCAUGAUUUUUUAACAAUGUUUUUGAAACAAACUCGGGCAGAGUUUCGCUGGAUUCGCGACAUGUUGGCGCAGAUUUGCGGCCAUUUUCAGCGAAUCUGCGACAACGUGUCGCAACGAGUGAGCUAAUUUUGCGACUGCGGUCGCGAAUCUGCUAAUGAGUUGCGACCGUUUUCUCAAAUUUCGAGUUUUCGAGAGAGUGUGUCGCAGGUUUUGAAAUAGUUAGCGACACUUUUAAGCAGAUCUGCGCCAACGACUGCGACCAAAAAAAGUGUCGCACAUUCGCUCAAAACGGUCGCACUUCUGCGCCAACGAAAAAUCCAGUCGCAAAUUAGCGCCAAGGUUGCGAAUGUUUUCCCGAGAAGUUCUGUUUUGAAGUAAUUAAGAGCGAUGAGUAGAGUUCAUUUUGAAAACUGAUUACAUACUUGUGGCUCAGCGUUAUUUCUCUUGGUUGUUCGUUUCAACCCUUUACAUCAGUUACGUUUUCGAUGAGAUUCCCCAGCAAAAUUAUAAUAUUUCAUCACGAGUUCUGAUAGUUUUCUCUAUGAAAUUUUAAAAUGUAAAAAACUGAUUUCUGAUAGCAUUUCCGACUUUUUUUGCCGAAACUUCCCAAAAGUCUGCUCUGCGUAUGCAAAAAAGACAUUCUAUUUCACAGCUGACGCGGUUUUUUGACAUGUGUAAGGUGCGAAAAAAAUUCGAAAGGUGCGAAAAUCUAUUAAAGUUGCCAUAUUUCUCCGAGCUGAAUUUUGGUAAAAUUUCAAAUUUGGCGCCAAGAAUAUCUAGGGGAAAUCAACGCAAAGCUAAGCAAAUGUCCUAAUUUUUUCUCAAGUGAUGACCCCUCCACGGGUCGAUUAUCUCUGGUGACGUAUGAAUUCAAGAAUAAAUGUUUUUGAAAAUGAUCCACGAAAAAGAAAAAAUGCAUGAAAUGAACUCUACUCAUCGCUCUUAAUUACUUCAAAACAGAACUUUGUUUCAAAAACAUUGUUAAAAAAUCAUGAAAAAAUUAACUUGAACUCAUAGUAGUUAUCAUAAUUGUUUGCCGGUCCCUUUCAGAUUUCAUUGAAAUUCAAUCGGGUCCCUUUUUUACUCCGGUCCCAUUCAGCAGAAUUAUUUUAUUUUCAAAAAUAAUGAACGGGUCCCUUUUUUCCCCGGUCCCUUUCAGUUUUUCCUAUUUUCUUAUCCCGGUCCCUUUAUUUUAUCGGUCCCAUUCAGUCAUUCAUUUUUCUAUUGUUCGGUCCCUUUCAGACUCUACUAAAACCGGUCCCUUUUUUUGACACCGGUCCCUUUCAGUGGGACCCAUUCAGUAUUGGCCCAUAUUUUGCUGCUGUGCAGUGUUUGCAGAUUCAAAUACGCAGGCGGAAAAGGGGUGAGAGACGCAGAAGAAUGUUCUAGAAUUCGAACAUUUUUCAAAGGAAAAUAAAAAGUGCGCCGCAAAAUUGCAGUUUUGAGAGAGAAAAAGAGGGCGGAGUCGAGGGUCAGCGUGCGGUCAGAGGGUUUUGGUCGUAAUUUCGCGUCAAAAGCAAAUUUUUCUCAUUUUUUUCUAUGUGUCACCAAGUUCUACUUCCAAGUGUUUUUCUGAAAUUCCAAUAAAAGUCUGAAAGAUCGAAUUUCCAGACAAAUAUAUGGUUUGUCUGAAAUUCCAGACGUUUUCAGAUUUUUAUUGGAAUUUCAGUGGAGAUGCGGAAGCUAUGCCAAAAUUUUGAAUUGAUUUCCUGAAGUCUUCAGAUUUCAAAAAAAAAUCUUAUUCUUUCCAGAGAGCCAGAAACAUUCAUCGAAUAUGUGUUUAUUGUAAUAUUCAUUGUCUUCCUUCCGAAAUGACGAUAGUUCCAUUCAGCCCAUUAAUUCUCGAAAAAUGGGGCCCCGUUUUUGGUGAAGAAUUUGUUGAGAAGGUCCAAUGUUCUUCAAAACCUUUUAUUUGUUUGGCACAUUUUGACAAUUUUUAUGAUGAAAAUAAAAAUACGAGAAGAAGAAUUUUGGAUUUUAUACCUGUUGCAAAUGGAAUUAAUCAGAAAGCUGCAGAAGAUUAUGAGGAAUUUUUGAAUAAUAAAAAAUUGGAGAGAAAGGUGAUUCAAAAAUAAUGAAGACACUUCUUGACAUGGAAUUUCGUUAGGUUUUCCACUUCAUAUUUAAAGUUUCUAAUUUCAGAGAAAUCGAAUUUGCUCAUAUUGUGGCUUGAAACUCCCACAAAAUCAAAUGACUCACGUUCCAAGAUCUGAAGAAGGAAUUCGAGAAUGGGAAUGGAUUUUGGGAGCACAAUUCAAAACGACUUCAAUUAUUUGCUUGACACAUUUUGAUAAAUUUAAACCGAAUGGGCAAAGACAAAGAAAUUCUUUGCCAAUUCCAUAG